UCUCCCCGGUUGGAUGCUUUCAGGGGCAAUGAGAAGAGAGACAAUUCCUGGCUUUCUUAGAGGGCCUUGUUCUACUUGGCAGGUCAAGUUCUGAUUACCGCCCUCCCUUCUCGGUUUAGGACUGUUGUGCUGAGAAGCCACAGAAAAGGGUAUGGGCUUACUUUGCCAAAGAAAGCACAGCAGUUGCACCCUGUUUUGCAAAAACCUUCAGUGUUUGGGAAUGAUUCUGAUGAUGAUGAUGAGACCUCCGUGAGUGAAAGCCUUCAGAGAGAAGCUGCUAAGAAGCAAGCAAUGAAACAGACCAAACUUGAAAUCCAAAAGGCCCUUGCAGAAGAUUCUACUGUAUAUGAAUAUGACAGUAUUUAUGAUGAAAUGAAGAAAAAAAAGGAAGAAAGUAAUCCAAAAUUGCUUUUGGGAAAAGACCGAAAGCCCAAGUACAUUCACAACUUACUAAAAGCAGUUGAGAUCAGAAAAAAGGAACAGGAAAAAAGAAUGGAAAAGAAAAUACAAAGAGAACGAGAAAUGGAAAAGGGAGAAUUUGAUGAUAAAGAGGCAUUUGUAACAUCUGCUUAUAAGAAAAAACUGCAAGAGAGAGCUGAAGAGGAAGAAAGAGAAAGGAGGGCUGCUGCACUUGAAGCACGUUUGGAUGUAACCAAGCAGAGCGAUCUCAGUGGAUUUUAUAGGCACCUAUUAAAUCAAGCAGUUGGUGAAGAGGAAGUACCUACAUGCAGCUUUCGUGAAGCCAGGUCUGGGAUAAAAGAAGAGAAAUCAAAGGGAUAUUCCGAUGAAGUAAGUUCAGAAGACAGAACAAUACCUCAUGAGAACUGCAUUCGCCAAACAGUUGUGAAAGUAGAGGAAAACCCAGAUGCAGACAGUGACUUUGAUGCUAAGAGCAGUGAGGAUGAUGAAAUGGAAGAAGAUAAUAAAGUGAACUGCAGAAGGGAAAAGGGCACAGAGACCUUAAAAAAUGACUCCAGGCAUCACAGAAGUCAUACCCACUCACGGUCAUCUAGUGAAGAAAGAGAGCAUGGUACCAAAUACCACACAAAAAGUUCCAAGUCAAGAGGACAUGAGAAAAGGGAAGAUCAGCACCAAGAGAGACAAUCCAGGGAGGACAACUAUUACACUGACCGUGAUUACCAAAAAGAAAAGAAGGAUUCCCAUAGGCACAGAGAGGCCAGUUACAGAGAUUCACACUGGAAGAGGCAUGAACAAGAAGAUAGACUGAGGGGAAGAGACCAGAGAGAAAGAAAUGAUAGGGAAUGGAAAAGGGAGAAAGACAGGGAGAAAUACCCCUCAAGAGAACAAGAAAGAGACAGACAACGAAAUGAUUAUGACCAACACAUUGAGAAAGGAGGAGAGAAGGAAGAGAAAAGCAAAGAAAAGGAAGAGCAUAUGAAAGCAAGGAAAGAAAGAUAUGAAAACAGUGAUAAAUACAGAGAUAGAGAAAACCGAGAAGUAAGUGUUCAAUCUUCAGAAAGAAAUCAAGAAAGAAAGGAAAGCCCAAAUUCUAGGGCAAAGGAUAGGUUUCUUAACCAGGAAAGAGCCAAUAAAAUGAGAAACAUGGAAAAGGACAAAGAAAGAAACCCAGAGAAACCCUCUAGUUCUGAAACAUCACUGGGAGCAAAACACAGAUACACAGAGAAAUGCCAAGGGAGUGGCAAAGAACAAGAGACACCACACGAGACAGUGAACAAGUUUGCAAAGCGGAGCAACGAAGAAACUGUAAUGUCAGCGAGAGACAGAUACUUGGCCCGGCAAAUGGCACGGGUUAAUGCAAAGACAUAUAUUGAGAAAGAAGAUGAUUGAUAACUGCCCCAAUAGGAAGACCUAUGGAAACACAGAAAAUUAUAAUUCCUGGAAAAUGUUGAGUGAACACAUAAAGGAGUGUGUUAACAGUGGUUGGGAGGGUAUUUUAAAAUAUAUUUUCAAAAUUCAUUUUUGGUUUAGGUUUAAGUCAGAAGUCAAUCCUUUUAUCUUGAAUGUUUAACUAAAUUAAUAUAUAAUAUUUACUUAUCAAUACCACAUUCUUGGUUAUAUUCAAACAACCUAAAGAGAGUGCUGAAUCCCCGUAAGUACUUAAUGAGGAAAAUUGCCUCCACUACAACCAUUAAAAAAUAAUUUAAAUAACUCUUCUAUGUUGCAUUUGUUGCAGGAGCUGUUUGUUUUAUAAAUGUCAUGUUUCAGAUAAAAAUAUGUGGAUUUGAACAGAGAAUAUUGUUUUACUUUAUGUUCUAAAAUUUGUAUUAAAGUGUAAAAUACAGA